AUGUCCGUCUCGGCCGCGCGCCCUGCCCGCCCGCUGCCGGGCCGCGCCCGCGCCGUGCUUGCUCCACACCAACGCCAUGCCCGCGCCGCGCCCGCCAUUCCGCGCGCCCCGUCCGCCCCCGCCCUCCCGCGCACCCUGCCCUGCCCGCCCUCCCGCACGCCCUGUCUGCCCGCCCGCGCCUGCUCCGUGCAGCCGCGCCUCGCCCCGCCCGCUCGAGCCGUGCAGCCCCGCCUCGCCCCGCGCGCCCCCGCCUCACCGCAGCUCGGCCCCGCCUGCCGCCGCGCGCGCGCUCGCCGCCGCCUGCAGCCGCGCGCGCCGGCCUCGCCCCGCACGCGCCGCGCCUCGCCGCCGGCCGCCUCGCCCCGCGCACGGCUGCCCCGCCCUGUCCUUGCGCCACGCCUCGCCGCCGGCCGGCCUCGCCCCGCUUGCGUCGCGCCUCGCCCGCGUGCAGCCGGCCGUGUGUCGCCCCGCGCCGGCAACGCUUCGCCCGCGUGCAGCCGGCCGUGUGUCGCCCCGCGCCGGCAACGCUUCGCCCGCGUGCAGCCGCCACCACGGCCACCGCGCCUCGCAUGCGUUGGUGGGUGGGUGGGUGGACACGGCGGCCCAGGCGAGAGAAAAGAGAGAGGGUGA